GUAUGAUCGAUCUCGACAGCGCUAUCAACUGCCAUCAACGUUUCACGCUUCAAACCCUUAUGGAGUACGCGUUUUGCAUUGUGUAGUCGCAUCAGAUAUCCUUGUUCUCACUUGAUACUCUCUCCAUCUCUUUCAGUUAAGUUUUCAACAGCCAUCGGCUCUGAUCGUCAUGCUCGAAAUGGAUAAGCCACAGGCAAUCGACCCGGAGGAUCGUGAGAUUAUGGAAAAGCUGGCCAAAUUGCAGAGCAUGUACAAUCAGAUUGGCGGUCUGCGGACUUUAUUACCGGAAAAGCUGAUCAACCCAACCAGGUUCGCCCUGGAGAAUCCAAACGGGUAUGACCCAGAAAAGCUCGCAACUUACUUGCAAGAUGCUGCACAAGCAGGUAUUCGAGACGUCGAAAGGUUUAAAAAGGACUGGCACAGUGACGAUGUACGGGAGCUUUGGCAAGCGGUCAACACUGGCGACGUACCCCAAGGAGGGGAUGCCUGGACUCUGAAUUAUGACGCCUUAAUACUUCAGAACCAAGGCAAGAGUGCAGGCUCGCUCACAUCCAACACUCUAAUCAACGGUGCCGGUGGCCAAACAGAUGCCGAAAUCGCCAAAAUCGUGAGCGACUUUCGGGCCAAACAUCCAGACCUGAAGGUCUCCGUUUGGCAGGAAACGCAACCCUUGCCUUUAGAUAUCGGCAUGGGUCAAUUGGAAUUUCGCAUCGACAAAACCCGGGAUGCGAGUUCCGGCCCCUUCAAAGUAACCUACAAACCAGGUGCCGAGUCUUUUGCGCUGCGUGAUGAUAUCCUUGAGAGCGUCAAAAAGUCCGAUGUUCAAAGCAAUCUCAUGGUGCUCUUGGAGAUGAUUGCAGCUUACCACGAUAUCAAAACCAGACCUUGCGAUAAAUGCAGCAGGCUAGUCAACAACAAGCUGCAACUCCCCCUUAUCAGGCAAAUGAAACCUUCCGAAGAGAAAGGGAAAUUUCAAUUCCUCGCUCUUCAUCCCGAGUGUGCCUGAGAAAGAUAUGUUUCUGAAUCUUUGCUCCAAAGAUUCCCCUCUUGAGGAUGUACGGAAAGCGGCCAUUCAUCAGUCCUCCACGAAGAGUGCUAUGGACGAAGAACAUAAUGACUUAGCGCAUAGUCGAAAAGGUGAACGCGAACCACCGAGUAUGAUGCUUUUGAAACGACAAAGUUCUCUGACAGGUUUGGGUUCUUCGAGCUGAUGUCGCGUCCACAUCAGCCGAGUACUUAACUUACAAACUCGCCAAAUUACAUUCCACUUGUAUCGAAAGGGCAGCCUGGGCUCGUCUACUGUGUCAAUCAGAUGAAAUGAUACGUUCUGACAGCACAUGAGCCUUGGCUAUCUAUCAGCUCUUGCACAUACCUAGAGCGGGCUAGUGGCUGCUAUGAAUUCACCGAACCCUUCUCAAUAUAUGCGGUCAGGAUAGUGAAGCAUAUCCAUCGUACAGACGGACGACGCAGACGAGAUAUUCCAGCUAAUGACGAUUCGGAUGGUGGACUGGAGGAGAAAGACACGAUCGCGUAGCGGUUGCUCGACUUUUGCCAAAAGAAAAAAUCACCAUCAUUCAUAUCACUUGUACGAAAAGAGAUUCAUUCGACAGAUACCAGGAUUUCAUCACUUAGAGACUCCAUUGCCUGCGUGUCUCCUCGUCUUCAAUCGAAUAUGCAGAUAUUUGAGCAUUGAUCGUUGCUAUAAUCAGUCACGACCAAGGAAGCCACCCAAUUCCCUUCGUGUCUAGGAAUUAAAAACUAUGGAGAAGCAGGCGGAGUCGAGGAAAGCAGUGGUGGCAAAUACCGUUAUGCAUAUUGGGGUCUCAAACCAUAUGCGAGCACAAUCCUGGUACAAGUUAAUCAAUAGCUACUCUAACUUCACCCUUGAGACGCCGCCCGCGCUCACACAGAAAGAGUCGCCCUGGAAAAGCAAAACCCCGUCGUACCAGUUUCGAGCCUCCGCAAGGCGCAAUUCAGAUUUAUCUGCUGGACACGACGACGAUUCAUUCAUGACCAAUUCAGAUGACAGCCUUGCCUCAUUCAAUAGCGCCUGGGAUCCCGAACGAGCAAAGACAGAGAUGGAUUCUGAAGUACUCCGACGCCGCGUCGCUAUUGUGCUGGCUCAUCAGCAGGUGCAGAAGCCACAAGCUCGGACACUGGGAUGCUAUGAAGAUAGUGGUAUGAAUACAAAGAAUGGGUGAAAGACCCAAGACAAACAAGAGGACACAUUUUU